GGCGAAGAGAGCCGAAGGUAAUAUACGAAUUUUGUGAUUUUUGUGUACCAUGUUGCUGAUGAAUUUUUAGAUCUGAGCUGCAAGUAGACAGACACAACCUCCAUUUCCAGCACUGAUUUCUUGCAUGUUACCUACUUCUCUAGCACGAAAUAAGGAUUCUUUCCCCACCUUCAGGUAUUGCAAAUGGUACUAUAGUUGCCAAGGCAGAGGACCCCUCGAUUUUUUUCUUCCUCUCGUGGGCAUGAUAGAUGAGAUCUGAUCAUGAGUACUUACUACCCCCGGAAGAUAGGACUACACUUGUAGCUGCGGCACGAGGGGAGCGCGAGAAGUGAUAGAGGACAAAAGCUCCACAGAAGCUGUCAUAAUGAGAAACAGUAUCAGGAGGCCCCGGCACAAAAAAAAAACCUUGCGAGAUGAAAUGACAGUUAGUAACUUAGCUUGUCGUGAGCAGGAGCCUAUCAUGCGGAGUCAAAUACUGGAAGUGCAGCGAUGGAGUGAGACGACUGUAGUAGCAAACAGGAUCCUAUGAUGAUACGUCAGUAAGAAAUACAUCGGAAAUGAAGCUUGCCCUCUGUACUUCCCGGCUUGACUUCCAGUUUCGAGUAAAGUGACCAUCGAGCAGUUUCUAAAACCAACAUACUAAGAAACUUGAUUUCUUUUUGGGUUUCGUUUGUUUUUUUUUUCAAAUUUUUACAACCUUUUUUGAAGAUGAUUCACGAAAAAAAAUUAAAUAAUCUCUCGAUAGUUUUGCUUGGGUUUUUUGUACUACAGACAUACUUACACCAGCCGCAGGAUCGCUCUUGCAAAAGUGCAAUUGCUGAGGCGACCGCUGAUAUCGAUUUGCCAGAAGUACGUACACGUACACCGGCCAGAGUGAGUACACAAUCUAGCACCAGGUCGUGCGUUCGAGAAAUUUAUGCUUUCACAAGACCUAAAUUGAUAUUUCGUUGCAACUCCUGCUUUAUUCUCUUGUCUUUCAAUUCUGCUUACUACAUUCUGCUUCAACGAUAA